CAUCUCGUUCUAUUUUCAGCGCACUAGCAAACAGCAGGACAGCAUGGAGCUAGCUGCAUCACUUUUGGAUUAGCUUCAGAUACCUAUUUCAGUGCAAAAUUAGACUUUUUUUGUUGCUGUAAGCGUAGCUAGUGCAAUAAGUAGUUAAUGUAAAUUAUGUAGCAAGUAAAAUUGUAUUCCUCUGUAUUAAUUAGGUAAUACGUGGCAGCUAAUUUGGCGUCAGAAAUGGCAUAUCCACAUAACCCUGAUAUUUUUCGCUGGAAAAGAGUUACUAAGACCAAAAAACCCACUGCAGAUAAGCAGGUGCAGCUCAAUAAUGAGGAGAUCAACCAAUGGAUGAAGGCAGUGGAAAUGGCCUCAGACUUUGCAUUGACUGAGGUUUUUUCCCUGAAGAAGCCCCAUCCAGUGAUAAGCAGUCAGUCAAUGGCACUACACAGCACAGAGCAGCUGUUAGAUCAUGACCAAGCAUACGGGGAAGCCCAGGCUCUUCUUAGUGAUUGGAUGAACAGCAAGUUGCGUCUGGAGAUGGAGAUGGAGGAAGAGGAGGAUGUGAUUGUCUCCCCUGAGAAGAACAGUCCAGAAGCCAUGCCACCUGCCCAGCCUGUCUCCCUGGACUACAGCAACUUUGAUGACCUGUAUUCUCACCUCGCUGAGGAAGAGGAGAGCUCAGCGGUUAACAACUUCCUUCAAGACCUCAUGGAGCGGGAAGUAGUGGAUUCUGGGAUAGUGGAGGAUCUGGUACUAGACUCUGAAGAGCGAGACAGGAGGAUGAGGAGGGACCCGAGCCUCACCAUGGAGGCACGUCACCGACAGGUGCGUGAGAACCGUGCACGGCGGGACGAGGAGCGGGAGAGGUUGCACAGGGAAAGGGUGGCGCGGAGGCAGGCCAGGGAGGAGGCACAGAGGAGGGAGCAGGGGGAGGAGAGGCGGAGGAGGCAGGAGGCACGCAGGCAGGAGGAGAUGGUGCAGCAGGAGAUGGUGCGACUGCGCCACGAGACGGAGGAGAGGAGGAACCUGGAGAAACUAGCCAGGCAAAUGGAGAGGGAGAGGAUCGCCAGGAAGACGGCAGCUAAGAGCUCUCUGGUACUCCAGCCAGGCCCUUCAUUCUCUACUGCACAGAAACAACAUGACACUGAGAGACCACUCAGACUACAGCAAGCAGAGGUCAGGGUUCAGAUGCACAACCUUAAGUGUCUGCAGAGGCACUUCUCUGGCUGGUACUCAGUGCUGUUGGAGAGGAGGUUGCAGAUGGGCAAGGCGGCGUCGCUCUGUGAUUGGAGGAGACAGCUGAGGGCGUGGCGAGACUGGUGGGCACUGGUGUGGGCAGGGCGAGAGCAGCGGGAAGCGGAGAGAACAGAGGAGGAGUUACGGACCCAGAAAAGACGCUCCCAGGUGGCGAUGGUGAGUGACCGGAGGCGUUUGCUAAGACGAUGCCUGAGUGAUUGGCGGCUGUGGUGUCGGGCGGAGAGAGAACGCCGGGAGCUGUUGUCACAGCAGCAAGAGACGCGGCGCAAGAUGACAGCCCUGAUCAAUGCCGCGGCAACUGGGAAACUCAAGAUGAUGGAGGAGACGCAUACUCCUGAGCCAAUCACUGCCCUGCCUGAGCCUUCUGACCAAUCAGAAACUGUAGAACUGAAAGGUCAGCCAGGGUCACAACCUGCUGGCCCCACCCCCUCUCCUGCCUGUCAAGGGGACGGACAGCUGGGGGCUGUGGUCCUGCACACCCUCCCCUGGCAGGUGACACGGCGUAACGCGGCGCUGAGUGCAGGCGAGCUGAGGCGAGCACGGCAGAGGGGCGAGGUGGGCGAUGGGGACGGCAGUGUAGGUGCUGCCCCCCGGUCUCAUAGAGCAGCGGGGUGUGGGGGACGGUUCGAGCAUCGCCAUGCCAGCCAGCAGCGGACCAUUGCAGAGCAGAGGAUGCUCCUCAGGGAGCAACAGAAGCAGAUCGCACGCCUGCAGGAGGAGCAAAGCAUGAUGGGACUGAGGCAGGAGGCCCAGACAGCCACCCAGAUCGCUGUCCCAGCAUCCCCAAGGCCCAGAGGGAUGACCUCUGACCCCAAAGAACCCAGGGCUGGAAGAGUCGCUCGGGGGAACGAUGGCCGUUCCCCGGCCUCCAGGAAACCAGCUGUCCGUCAGCCAUGUCGUCAUCCCACCGUCAUGGCCAUGGAGGAACGUGCUCAUCAGCGAGUGGAGCGCAGGAGGGAGGUGGAGGAGCUGAAGAGAAAGAAGGAGGAGGAGAGGCUGGCCCAGCUGAAAACAGCAGUGAAGGAGAGGCAGAGGGAGGAGGAGGAUGAGAAACGUAGAGCAAGGGAAAGGAGGAGGGAGGAGAAGAGACAAGAGAGAGAGAGGGAGCAGGAGAACCAGUGCAGGUUGGAGCGAGAGCAGCAGCUCCAGACCCAGGCCCAGCAACACUACCACAGAACUCUUUUACUACGGCGAGGCCUGGAGCCAUGGAAACGCCUAGUCGCCCAGAGCCAAGCCAACAUUCAGCUGGCCAGGGCUCAUCACAAGCAGUCUCUCCUGAGACGGUGCACGCUGUCCUGGCAGCUGGUAGCAGGCGAGUCCCUGGCUCAGAAAUGGGCCUCUGCCGACCAACUGCAUCAACACAUCCUGCUACGGAAGAGCCUGGGCAACUGGAAAAGGCUGAAGGAUCACCGCAUAGUUCUGGAGGGGCGGGCCGAGAGGUUCUGGCGCACGCACACUCUGAAGAGGGCUCUGAUUGGACUGCUAGACCACGUGACCCAGGAGAGGAUGGCAGAUUGGGAUCGGGAGCAGCAGGCUCAGGAACACAGUACCAGGCGGACGGUGCGGAGCUGUUUCCAAGCCUGGAGACGGUAUCCGGGGUGGGUGCGUGAGGAGAGAGAGAGGGAGACCAGGAGGGAUCGGCUGAGACGCAGAGUGGCAGAGGUCCUCCCUGACUUCCGCUCUUCUCCUCUGGACUGUACCUGGGAACAAGGCCCGCUGUGACCCACAGGACACACACGUACAGUAGACAUGCCCAUGUGUACAGUACACUCAGACAGACAGACAGAGACAGGCAGACAGAGAAUACUUGCACAGAGGAUAAAUCAGUGGAUAGGACCCAAAGCAGAUGAUGAAGUUGCUGCUGUAACAAGCACACACAUACCAGCUGUUGCUCUACCUUCAUUACCUGAGAAAGGUGGAUACAACUUUUAAUGAAGACAGUUUGGAAGCUUUUGGAACAGCAAUGACUCGUUUAAAAUUGCAGUUAAAAUUCAGGUUAUUUCAUAUUUUUAAGUCACAGUUUGAUGCAGUUUGAAGCCAUACAAAAUAAAAAGCAUGAUGUUAUUCAUAUCACCAUAAA